AUGGCGCUCAAGGAUUCCCAAAAAAAAAAAAGAGGGGGGGUCUCCACUCUCCAGGAUGGGUUGGGGCGUCUGGGGGCGUCGCUGCUGCUCUUGGCCGGCCAGAUGUUGCUCCAGACGGUCAGGGCGCUUCUGGGACGCUUCUUGCCGGCCCGAGCCCGCGAUCUGACCGCCGACUGCGUCCUCAUCACCGGCGGAGGACGAGGCAUCGGGCGCGCCCUGGCUCGCGAGUUCGCCCGGCGCGGAGCCCGCAAGAUUGUCCUGUGGGGACGGACGGAGAAAUGCUUGAGGGAAGCCGCGCAGGAGAUCCGAGCGAUGGGCACCGAGGGCCACUAUUUCAUCUGCGACGUGGCCAACCGGGAAGAAGUUUACCGGCAAGCCAAGGCCGUCCGGGAAAAGGUGGGAGAUGUCACCAUCCUGGUGAACAAUGCAGCUGUGGUUCAUGGCAAGACCCUCCUGGACAGCGAUGACCACGCCUUGCUCAAAUCCCAACACAUCAACACCCUGGGACAAUUCUGGACCACCAAGGCCUUCCUGCCACGGAUGCUGGAACUGCAGCGAGGACACAUCGUCUGUCUCAACUCCGUCCUCGCUUUGUCGGCCAUUCCUGGCGCCGUGGAUUACUGUACGUCCAAGUCUUCUUCUUUCGCCUUCAUGGAGAGUUUGACCUUGGGUCUGCUGGACUGUCCGGGGGUCAACGCCACCACGGUCUUGCCCUUCCACACCAACACGGAGAUGUUUCAAGGAAUACGCAUCAGGUUUCCCAAUCUUUUUCCUCCCCUCAAGCCGGAGAUGGUGGCCCGAAGGACGGUGGAGGCCGUCCAGCGGAACCAAGCUUUCCUCCUGCUCCCAUGGACUAUGCACAUCCUCAUUUUCUUAAAAAGCUUCUUCCCGCAAACGGCGCUGGACGAAAUCCACCGGUUCGCCGGGAGCUACCAGUGCAUGAAUACUUUCAAAGGAAGGACCUAAACAACACUUGUUGACCAUCAGAACCUUGGUCUCCUUCCAGGGAUGGGCUCCUGUUCUCCUGGGUUGCGGCGAGGCCUCUGAAGGACGGGCCAGUCCAUCCACCACGGAAGGCCCAACCCACCAGGGCUCCGUUAUUUUAGCUUGUGAGCAGUUUAGAGAUGUUCCUCAGCUUGGAGGCAUCUCAGAGGGGUUCCAUCACUUUGUUUUUUGGAGUCUCCCGGAUGACCGAGGAAGGUCCGUUUUGGCUUCCACCACACCACAUUUCCAGGCAGAUGAUGGCUCUCCUCGAGGUCCUUCUUUUGAAGGAGAAGGGAGCUUGGGUUGUCCUCUGCUGGUCCAUCUUCACAGGAGAUGUUCUAAUUGAGAGGGCCUUCGAAGUUUCCAUUCAUUGGGAUCUUACAGCCAAGCUGCCUCCAAACCACCACUGAAGAGCGAUGAACGUUACGUGAACUUGGACGGAAACAGACUUCGGAUGGUUCCUGGACGACUUCUCUGCCGUUGGGAGAGACCCAACCUACGUUUUCAAGUCGCGUAGACCCACAUCCUCCGUCUGCGAUGGUCGAGAUGGGACGCUUGACCCCCCCCCGAUGGAGACCUUCUCAGCUAUUUGGGCCUGACUGGAGCAAGCUGGUGGGGCCAAACCCACAGGAGGAGAGGACCAGGCUGUCUCCUGCCUUGGACGGAGGGGGGGAGCGGGGUCAGACUAGACGAUCUCCAAGGUCCCAUCCAGCCCCUAAGAGCUCUGUAAAUCUACAGGGAAUUAUCCAUAAAUCCAGGAAAUCUUUCUUAA